UCCUUGUGCUCUAUCCUCCAUCCAUUCCUGAGAUCAGAGUCUCAUGGCUCAUGGCCCUUCUCUGCCCCUGCAGACGGACAAGGCGGAGCUCCGAAAACAGCCUGUCUUCCAGUGGAAGCAAGGAGAGUCUUCACUCAGGCGAGCGGAUCCACAAGCAGCCCAGCCAGGUGGAAGAUAUGGUCUUUCUGGAGGCCAAUGGCGAACUCAGUGAUAGAGCCCUUCAGGAGAUCCGUGCGACCUUCGAGCUUUGCGACGCCGAUGGCUCCGGGGAGAUCCAUGCGAAGGAGUUGCACACCGUCAUGAGGAACCUGGGCUUCAAAGUGAGCUAUGAGGAGGUCGAUCGGAUGAUUGCACAGGCUGACAACGGUAGCGGUGCCAUCAACUUUGAGAAAUUCAGUCGAAUGGUCAUGAGGAAGAUGAUGGAGCGGAAGCCGCGUGUGGAGAAUGCCUUUCAGCAGUUUGAUCCUGAUGGCUUUGGCUUCAUCACCCUCCAGAAGUUGAAGCGUGUUGCCAGGGCGCUGGGGGAGGAUUUGCGAGAUGACGAACUGCAGGACAUGCUGAAUCUCGCAGACAAGGACUGGACCAGAGGACUCUCCACGGUUUGGGCAGUCCAAGAGUUGAAGAUCCAGUAGAUCAGGACUGGGGGGAAGCAGCUGCCAGCAAGAUUCUCCUUCUGGGCUGCCAGUGUGUUCGGUUGCUUCACCACCGGGAUCCGGGAUCCUUCGGGUCCACACCAUCCACGAGGACAAAGAUGGCUUGGUGACUCAGCAGGACUUCAUGAGCUUCAUGAAGGAGUGUGGAAUGUGGUGAUCGCAAGAAUUAUGUUACUUUUGAUCAGUCUGGAUUGAUCUGAUUUGCAUGUUAUUUUGCUGAGAAUUGGGCCCAGAAUUUUUGCAGCGGCCUCUUCUCAGCCGGGAAUUCGGAGUGGCUUUCCCAUGGGCCGUAUGGGCCGUAUGGGCCGAGUGUUGAGAGGUCAGCGGCUCUCGGAUUCAUGACCGCCCUUUGGUGUGCAGA